AUGGCAUAUAAUCCGCGGCACAGUAUUAUACCAAAUUCUCAGCAAGGCGGCCAGAAUCGCCGGAAGAAAGAGGAAGAGGCAGAUGCAUUUAUGAAGCUGCCGGACAGCGAGAUAGUUGGCUGCAUCUCCGACAUUGGAAUUCCCUUCACCGUCGCCGACCUCAAGAAACCGAACCCAACGCAAAUCCAGUUAAUCUUUGAAUGGUUCGCCGAACUUCUUCUCAAUGCGACCCGCGAGACAAUCGAGCCGCCCAUGCGUGCCGCAGCAGAGGAUGUUUGCGGCGAAUUCUCCGACGUCAUUCCACCGGACACGCGCAAUCUGAUGGGCUUCUACGUGUCGCUCCGCAGAUUGCUGUACGAGUGCGGGAUUCUCGACUUCACAUUCAACGAUCUCUACAGGCCGACCUACGAGCGUCUCGUCCGGAUCUUCAGCUACCUUAUCAACUUUGUGCGCUUCCGCGAGUCGCAAACAAACGUAAUUGACGAACACUACAACAAGGCCGAAGGGACCAAAUCGAGAAUCGAGUUGUUGUACCAUGAGAACCAGGAAAAGGAAGGGCAACUAGACGACAUGAGGCGUCAGAAGAAGGCGAUGGAAGCGCAAGUUCGCGAGAAGACCCAGCGGAAUGAGCAGUUGAAGGCCCAAUUGCUGGAGCUACGGCGCAACCAAGAAAAGGUGGCUGCGCGUCUGGACGAAGCCAAGGAGCGCAAGGGCGAAUUGACGUCUACCUUGGAGCAGAAGACCCAGGACAAGAUCACGUUGAAGCAGGAGAGUAGCAAACUACGACCGUAUAUGCUGCAGAGUCCAUCCGCACUACAGGAGAACCUGGCGGAAUUGCGGGAGAUUCUGAACAACGACAAGGCGCAUAUCGAGGCGCUCGAUCGCAGAGCACGCGCGCUGCAGACUUCCACGGAUUCGUUCACAGUGGUUUCGGCAGAUGUUGCAUCAUGCAUCAAGAUUCUUGACGAAGUCGCAACGGAGCUGCACAAGGAGGAGGAGGAAAUGGGGCGCAACGCCAAGCAGCGAGAUGCUCUGUCAGAACGCGGUAACAACGCGCGGGAGGUCGAGCGGACGGAAGGGCUGCUGAAACGCCAGCUUGCAAAGUGGACUGAACGCACGGAGAAGCUGCGCGAGCAGAGUAACCAGAAGGCCGAGGAGGCCAAGGUGAAAAUGCACGAGCUCAGAGCUCUGCACAAGAAGUUGAACGAAGAGCGCACAGAAAAGGCAAAGGAAAUGGAAAUGCUGGACCUCAAAGAGAAUAUUGAAAAUGAAGUGCACAGCGCUUAUGAGGAGUAUCAGAAGAUGGAGGCGCACAUCAAGCUGUAUAUCACAGAGAUGGAACAGAAUAUCCAGUGA